GGCGGAGGGAUCCGGGGAGGGCGCACGGGCGGUGCUGCGUCUUAUAUAGAGCGGCCGGGGGCGCGCAGGAGCUCUCUCGAGUCACCCCCGCGCGACGCGCUCCGGCUCCCCGUGCUCUGCCGUGCCGCAGCCCGUUUCCGUGCCCUGCAAGAUGCCUGAGGAAGUGCACCAUGGAGAGGAGGAGGUGGAGACUUUUGCCUUUCAGGCAGAAAUUGCCCAGCUCAUGUCUCUCAUCAUCAACACUUUCUACUCUAACAAGGAAAUUUUCCUUCGGGAGUUGAUCUCCAAUGCUUCUGAUGCUUUGGACAAGAUUCGUUAUGAGAGCCUGACAGACCCUUCCAAGUUGGACAGCGGCAAAGAGCUGAAGAUUGACAUCAUCCCCAACCCUCAAGAGCGAACCCUGACUUUGGUGGACACGGGCAUUGGCAUGACCAAGGCUGACCUCAUAAAUAAUUUGGGAACCAUCGCUAAGUCUGGCACUAAAGCCUUCAUGGAGGCUCUCCAGGCUGGUGCAGACAUCUCCAUGAUUGGGCAGUUCGGCGUCGGAUUUUACUCUGCCUACCUGGUGGCCGAGAAGGUGGUGGUGGUCACCAAGCACAACGACGACGAGCAGUACGCCUGGGAGUCGUCCGCCGGCGGCUCCUUCACCGUGCGGGCCGACCACGGUGAGCCCAUCGGCCGGGGCACCAAGGUGGUCCUCCACCUCAAAGAAGACCAGACCGAGUACCUGGAGGAGAGGCGCGUCAAGGAGGUGGUGAAGAAGCACUCGCAGUUCAUCGGCUACCCCAUCACCCUCUACUUGGAGAAGGAACGAGAGAAGGAGAUCAGCGACGACGAAGCAGAGGAAGAGAAAGGCGAGAAAGAGGAGGAAAACAAGGAUGAUGAGGAGAAGCCAAAGAUUGAAGAUGUGGGAUCAGAUGAGGAGGACGACACUGGUAAGGAUAAGAAGAAGAAAACCAAGAAGAUUAAGGAGAAAUACAUUGAUCAGGAGGAACUGAACAAGACCAAGCCCAUUUGGACCAGAAACCCUGAUGACAUCACUCAAGAAGAAUAUGGCGAGUUCUAUAAGAGCCUCACCAAUGACUGGGAAGACCACUUGGCAGUCAAGCACUUCUCUGUAGAGGGCCAGCUGGAGUUCAGGGCGCUGCUGUUCAUCCCGCGGCGGGCUCCCUUUGACCUCUUCGAGAACAAGAAGAAAAAGAACAACAUCAAACUCUACGUGCGGCGAGUGUUCAUCAUGGACAGCUGUGACGAGCUGAUCCCGGAGUAUCUCAACUUCAUCCGUGGUGUGGUUGAUUCUGAGGACCUGCCUCUCAACAUCUCCAGAGAAAUGCUCCAGCAGAGCAAAAUCUUGAAGGUCAUCCGCAAAAACAUUGUGAAGAAGUGCCUUGAGCUCUUCUCGGAGCUGGCAGAAGACAAAGAGAACUACAAGAAGUUCUAUGAGGCCUUUUCUAAGAAUCUAAAGCUUGGAAUCCACGAAGAUUCCACUAACCGCCGCCGCCUUUCCGAGCUGCUGCGCUACCACACCUCCCAGUCUGGAGACGAGAUGACGUCGCUGUCAGAGUACGUGUCUCGGAUGAAGGAGACCCAGAAGUCCAUCUAUUACAUCACUGGUGAAAGCAAAGAGCAGGUGGCCAACUCGGCUUUCGUGGAGCGCGUGCGGAAGCGUGGCUUUGAGGUCGUGUACAUGACUGAGCCCAUUGACGAGUACUGCGUGCAGCAGCUCAAGGAGUUUGAUGGGAAGAGCCUGGUCUCCGUGACCAAAGAGGGUCUGGAGCUACCAGAGGAUGAGGAGGAGAAGAAGAAGAUGGAAGAGAGCAAGGCCAAGUUUGAGAACCUGUGUAAGCUCAUGAAGGAGAUCUUGGACAAGAAGGUUGAGAAGGUGACAAUCUCCAAUAGGCUCGUGUCUUCGCCCUGCUGCAUUGUGACCAGCACCUACGGCUGGACAGCCAACAUGGAGCGAAUCAUGAAGGCCCAGGCACUUCGUGACAACUCCACAAUGGGCUACAUGAUGGCCAAAAAACACCUGGAGAUCAACCCUGACCACCCCAUCGUGGAGACCCUGCGGCAAAAAGCUGAGGCCGACAAGAACGACAAAGCCGUCAAGGACCUGGUAGUGCUGCUGUUUGAAACGGCUCUGCUCUCUUCCGGCUUCUCCCUGGAGGAUCCCCAGACGCACUCCAACCGCAUCUACCGCAUGAUCAAGCUAGGGUUAGGCAUUGAUGAAGAUGAGGCGGCCUCAGAGGAGCCCAGCGCUGCUGUUCCCGAUGAGAUCCCCCCGCUGGAGGGCGAUGAGGACGCAUCCCGCAUGGAGGAAGUCGACUAGAGUCCCCGUGGGAACUCUGCCCUCUGUAUAGUUGCCCGAGCUCCUGCGGUAACCGUGACUGGCCCUGCCCCACCUGGCUCCCACCGCUGCAGUCCAGUGGUCUUCUCUCCUGACCUGGUCUAGGCAGGAAGCCCCUCCCCCACCCGACGGCAAGGUUGGGUGUUGUGUAUUGUGUUUUUGUUGUUUAUUUUGUUCUGAAAUUAAAGUAUGCAAAAUAAAGAAGAUGCCGUUUUAUACA